AUGUUUGAUGUUUUUCCUAAGCCCCAGCUCCUGGAGUCCUGGGAUUGGGCCUGGCCUGGCCUCUCCCCUGCUCAUGCCCAGCUCCCGGCCUGGGGAGAGCAGCCGGUGGCGCUGCGCCCAGGCCCAACGCGCAGCAAUGGGCACACGCUGGAGGAGAGCCUGCAGUCCAGGCGCUCUAUGCCGUACGGCAGGGGGAGCCUGGCUGGCACCCGAGGGCUCCCGUGUCCACAGCAUGUGCGCCUUGCGCAGGGUCCCGUGAACCGGGGCCAAGGGGUCGCAGCCUGGGGAGCCGAGGCGAGGCGGUCACAGCCUCAGAGCGGGCAUCGGCUUCGGGGGUGCGAAGUGCUUGGCUCAGGCUGCCCAAGGUCAGCGUCCCCCGCUCUGCACGGCCCUGCCCUGCCCCAGUGCGAGCCCACACCCGGGGAGGGCGGGCACAGCGCCCCUGCUGGGGGCACCGCGGUGCCGGGCUCCCGGACGCCGGAGGGGGGCGCAUGGACCCCUGCUCCCCAAAGCACCUGGGCUGUGCGGCCAGUCGUGGUACCCGCGGGCGCCCUGUGCCUGGACGCUGUGCUCAGCAGCAUCCUCAGCUUCGGGCUCCUGGCCGUGGCCAUCGGGUCGGACUAUUGGUACCUGGUGCGGGUGGAACCGGCGAGGGACCCGGAGUCGCCCAACUCCCACUCCGGGCUCUGGCGGGUUUGUGAAGGCAGGAACAUCUGUGUCCCAUUGAUUGACCCAUUUGGGAGUGAAACCCAAGAGGUGCCCACGUCACUGCAGCAUCUUAUCUGCAUGCACCGGGCCUUGGUGGUCAUGCUGCCGCUCAGCCUCAUUCUCCUUGUCUUCGGCUGGAUCUGUGGCGUCGUCAGCUCCUUGGCACAAAGCUGCUAGCUGCUGCUUUUCACAGGCUGCUAUUUCCUGCUGGGAGGCCUGCUGACUCUGACCGGGAUCAGCAUUUACAUCAGCUACUCGGAGGUGGCCUUCGCCGAGACCGUCCGCAUGUACAACCAACAGCACUUUGACCAUGUCCACAUCAGCUUUGGCUGGUCCAUGGCACUGGCCUGGCUCUCCUUCAGCUCAGAGGUGCUGGCUGGCUCCCUCCUCCUCCUCGCUGCCCAGCUCCUCAGCCUGCAGCAAGCCACACGCUCUGUGGCCAUCUGAGCCACAGGGAGAUGGGCAGAGACACCCCAGCGCUCCACCACCUGCGGCCUCUUUGGGACUGACCUUUCUGCCACCCUGUGCCCCACGCACCCAGCUACACGCCCCCUGCAUUGCAGCCCCUGCUGCUGGGAGGGAAGCAGGUAGGAGGCAGAGGCUAAAGCCCCACAGCAUCAGGUCCAGACUGACCCUCCACUCCCUGGUGCUGCUGGCUGCAGCUUGGAUUCCCUGAGUUCCUGGGGUUGGGCCUGGCGGCCAGCUCCCCUCAAUCCAAU